AUGGAGGCUAAGGCUGGGGAUUCAGUGGUAUGGAGGAGCCUAUUAAGUUCUAAGGAGCUGUUACAGAGAGGGAUUAGGAAGACUGUUGGUGAUGGACGAACUAUAAAUAUUUGGGAGGAUAAUUGGAUUCCUGAUAUGGAGAAUGGAAGAAUUAGGACCAGGAAACCUCAACACUGCCAACUAAAAUCUGUCCAUGAGCUGAUGAAGGAUGGUAGAUGGAAUGAGGACCUGAUGAGCACCUACUUUGAGGAGGAGGACUGCAGCAAGAUUAAGAAAAUUCCUAUUAGUGAACGAGGAGACAAGGAUAGACUAGUGUGGGUGUUUUCAAGUGCUGGCCAGUAUACUGUCAAGAAUGGCUAUGCGGUGGCAAAAGACAUGCAGAAAGGAAAGAGAGGCCUAAUCAUCAAAGGGGCAGCACCAAUAGAAAUAUGGAGGAAUCUGCAUGCAGAGCUAAUAUGGAAGGCGGCUCCCAUCUGUUGGGAUGGUCUCAAUGUUUAUAGGAUUAAUUUUUGGCAUUGGUGGAAUAGUUUGGUGGAAGCUAAGGAAAGAAAGGAGGGCAGGAACCAUAUUGAACUGACGAUUAAUACACUGUGGCAAAUUUGGAAAUCAAGAAAUCUAAUUCAGUUCAGCAAUGACAGAAAAUGUCCUGGCUUUGUUGUUGGUAAAGCUGUGCAGGAAUGGCAAGAGUAUGCUGAGGUAGUUAAUGAGGGGAUGGGCCGAAAAAGGACGAAGGAUGGAAAGAUAGGUUGGGGAGUGGUAGCCAGAUGUAGCAGUGGUAAGAUGGUAGGAGCCUGGGCAGGGAGUGAACAGAGAUUUGGGGAUCCUGCUGUGGAGGAAGCUAGAGCUAUCAGGAAGGCUAUGACCAUAGCCAUGAAGAAUGGUUGGAAGGACAUAGUUAUACAAUCAGAUUGUAAGAUUGUGAUUGAGAAGAUCAAGUUGGGAAGGUUGGAGGAUCCUCGGACCAGUGUGUGUUAUUUGACAUACUACAACUCUACAACUGGGGAAAGAGUUUCGGAACUGCUCUUUCUCCUGUAUCAGAAGGGAUGGCAAUGUAGUGUCCCAUUUUUGGCAAGAUUUGCCUUAAACUUAGCUGCUGAUAUAGCCUGGAGAAUUUCCUUUCCUAGCUGGCUGCUUCAGUUAGCCCAGCAAUGA